AUGUCAUCCUACUUCACCCUGCCGUCGUUUGCGCGAGCAAAGAAGAACCAGGAAGAGCUGCAAAAGAGCAACCCACAGAAUCCAGUGCUCAAAGACGAAGACGAGAAGUUCCUCGAGAGACAGAUAUCGACCGACGAAGCCGCGACAAUCGCUGMCGCUAUACCAGUAACGAAAAUCGACGACAAUGGUGAAGAAAAGCCCGCGUCCCAACGCGAGCUGGACAGCAAUGCAUCAGACCAAGUCGUGAUUCCUGCAACUCAGCCAGAAGCAGGCUCUGAAGUGAAGAAGGAGGCGAAGAAGAACAAAGCAUUCGAGCUACCGAGUCAAGAAGAGGCCGAAGCCGCAACCCGAUCAUGGAACGCGCAGGCCAACGUGGAUGAAAAGGGCGAUACCACAAAUGAAAAACGUACUUGGGCAUCCUACCUGCCAUCAUCUCUCCACAAGGGAGAUGUCCCAACCAAGGAAGAGGAGCAGGGACAAAAGCAGACCUGGGCAAUGUAUGCUUCACAAUACGUCCCAUCUUCCGCUACAACCAUGCCAAACUUGCCUACGAUCCCUUCCAUCCCUCCUAUUUCUUCGUGGUACAAAUCCAAAGACAAGGACGCCAAGCAAGAGCCUGUUCUCAAGGAAGACGGAACUGUCGACGAAGCUGCCACGAAAGAGAAGCAGGAGAAGGAGGUGUCUGUCCUGCUCGACAACCUCAACAUGGCCAGCAUCAACAACACCGUCUUCGCGGUGUCGAGCGAGACACACAAAAUCUAUGAGCGUUUCGCUUUGGUAUUGAAGGAUACCAUCAAUGGUGGCCCAACAGCAUACGAAGACAUGGAGAAGUUGAUGAAGGACGCUGGCCCUACCUUGGAGAAGCAGUUCAACUCAAUGCCGCCAUUUGUGCAGACUCUGGUCAAAUCAUUACCCGCCAAGCUGGGCACGAUGACAAUAGGCCCAGAGCUUCUUGCUGCCGCAGGUGGGAAGCCAGGGAAUGAUAUGAAAGUCCAGAUGGAUGCGAAGAACAAGUCGACCGCACCAUCAAAGGAGACCGACGCAAAGAAGAAGAAGAGAACGAUCCCUGGAUUGAAAAGCUUGAUCUCCAAAGAAGGUGCAGUGGCAACCAUCUUGCGCAACACCGUACAAUUCCUCACCACUCGAUUCCCAUUCCUGGCCUCAACAACCAAUGUGGUCAUGUCACUCUCGGUAUUCAUCCUCAUGUUCGUCUUCUGGUACUGUCACAAACGUGGUCGUGAAGCUCGGCUCGCAAAAGAAACCGAAAGCGAGAAAGACGGCGCGGUUGACGGUGCCGACGAUGACGAGAUUGUCGAAGUAGAGUCUACUGACGAGGAAGAUGUGUAUUCGAAGAAGACUGAAGAGCUGCUCAACCAGGCAGAUCCAGCUUCURUGCCUCUUCCCGAACCGAAGGAAGAGGAAAAGAAAGCCGUGUGA